GAGAUAGAAAGAGAGAGCGAGGGAGAGAGUAAGAGAGUGGGAGACAGAGAGUGAAAGAGAAAGAGGGAGAUGGACAGAAAGACAGACCGACCGAGUGAGUGAGUGAGAGAGAAAGAGGGAGAGAGAGAGUGAAAGGGAGAAAGAGAGAGUGUGAGAGAGAAAGACGGAGACAGAGAGAAAGACAGAGUGAGGGAGAGAGAAAGGAAAGAGAGUGGGAGACAGAGUGAAAGGGACAGGGAGAGACAGAGAGAAAGAGGGAGACAGAGAGAGAGUAUGAGUGAGGGAGAGUGAGAAAGAGAGGGAGAGAGAGUGGCAGACAAAGAGAGAGAGAGAGUGAGAGAGAAAGAGAAAGUGAGAGAGAGGGAAAGAAAGAGAGAGAGGGAGACAGAGUGAGUGAGAGAGAGCGAGAGGGAAAGAAGGAGAGCGAGAGAGAGAGAGUUUGUGUAUAAGUUGAAUGGGGAGACAAAUUGGUACCUUUUUGAAAAAUCAGAUUUUGAGAGUCAGUCAAGAACCAGAAAGAAAAAAAUCAACACUUUAUUGACUUCUGGAGAAGUUUGAAGUCAUUUGACGCUGUGAGAUCUGGUUGCAAAAUGAGCCAAGAUGCUCUGGAGUCCGAUGCAGACUCUGGUCAGGACAUGUCAGAGUUUAACUGGGACGAUUAUCUGGAGGAGACGGGCGCGCUGUCUGUACCUCACCAUGCCUUCAAACACAUGGAUCAAGGCCUCCAAACAGGUCUGUCUCCAGGUAUGAAGCUGGAGGUUCUGGUGCGUGGAGAACCCGAUAGUGCUUACUGGGUGGCCACCAUCAUCACCACCUGCGGCCAGCUGCUCCUAUUACGCUACGAAGGCUACCACGACGACCGUCGUGCUGACUUCUGGUGCGACGUCAUGACCGCCGACCUGCACCCCAUCGGCUGGAGCAGGCAGCAGGGUCGACCCAUGAGACCACCUGAGGGCGUGCAAGAGAAGCAUCAGGACUGGGAGUCCCUGCUGGAGAAAUCUCUGUCAGAAUCCUGCAGCGCCCCGGCCAACCUGCUGGAAGGGGCCCAGCGUGGCUGCAACCCAGUCGACCUGCUUAGUCCAGGUCUUGGCGUGGAGCUGGUAGAUAAAGAAGAUGCCGAAGUGGUCUGGGGUGCAACAAUUGAGGAUAACGUCGGGGGCCGACUCCGUGUCCGCUACGCUGGCACAGAAGGACUCCCAGACAUACAUUCCAUCACCUGGAUCUUCUACCUGAACCCCCUGCUCCACCUCCCGGGCUGGGCCAAAGAGCACGGCUGCACCCUCAGACCCCCAUCAGUUUUGCUUCCGUUGCGCAAUAAGGAGGAAUGGGAGGAGGUAAGACAGGCCAUCGCGAAUCAGCCACAGGAUUCGAGUCUUAGUGAGGAGUUCUAUAAGGAUCGUCCAGCCAUCACUCCGCACUGCUUUGCUGAGGGGAUGAAGCUGGAAGCAGUAGAUCCGGUUGCACCUUUCACCAUCAGCCCUGCUACUGUUGCCAAGGUGUUCGGUGAUCAGUUCUUCUUGGUGCAGAUGGAUGAUAUGAGCGACGAAGCCGAGAGAAAAGGAGGAACCAGGUUGUUUGUGUGUCACAGGGACAGUCCUGGAAUCUUUCCUGCACAGUGGAGUUUCAAGAAUGGAGUGAAGCUCAGUCCGCCACCAGGGUACCAAGGGCAGGACUUUGACUGGGCUGACUAUCUGAAACAGUGCGAGGCUGAGCCAGCCCCGCAACACUGCUUCCCCUCUGACCCCUCUGAUCAGUGUUAUAAAGAAUCCAUGAUGCUGGAGGCUGUUAAUCCUGUUUGCCCUCAAAACAUUCAUGUGGCCACAGUCACCAAGGUCAAAGGUCAACAUAUCUGGAUUAGACUAGAAGGAGUAAAACAACCUGUUCCAGAGAUCAUAACACAUAUGGACUCCAUGGACAUCUUCCCUGUGAGUUGGUGUGAAACUAAUGGCUACCCUCUUCAAUACCCCUGCAAACCCAAAGUUGAAAAGCAGAAGAAAAUCGCCGUCGUCCAACCGGAGAGGCACAGAGUGCCAGCUAAAGACUCCUCUCCUGAUGCCCUCAAACAGCCUCUGAACAGCCAGACAGAGAUGAGUCAGGCCAAUGGGAAGUACAGCUGCCCCAAGAUCUACUUUAACCACAGGUGCUUCUCUGGUCCAUACCUCAAUAAGGGCCGCAUCGCCGAGCUGCCACAGUGUGUAGGUCCGGGCAACUGCGUCCUGGUGCUCAAGGAGGUGCUGUCUCUGCUGAUAAACUCAGCCUACAAGCCCAGUCGUGUGCUCCGUGAGCUCCAGCUGGACCAGGAAGGACGCUGGCAGGGUCACGGCGAGAUUCUCAAAGCCAAGUACAAAGGGAAGAGCUACAGAGCGACAGUGGAGAUUGUUCGCACCGCCGACCGUGUGGCUGAGUUCUGCAGAAGAACCUGCAUUAAACUGGAGUGCUGUCCUAAUCUGUUCGGGCCACGCAUGGUGCUGGAGCGCUGCUCGGAGAACUGCUCCGUGCUCACCAAAACCAAAUACACAUGUUAUUCCGGGAAGAAGAAGAAUCGACGUGUAGGCCGUCCUGCAGGAGGCCACGCCAACACAGAGGCGGGUGUGAAGAGACGAGGCAGGAGGAAGAAGAAAAGGAAGCAGCUGUUUGUCCACAAGAAGAGACGCUCCUCCGCCUCUGUGGACAACACACCUGCAGGGUCUCCUCAGGGAAGCGCUGACGAGGAAGACCUGGAUGAAGACGACUCUCUGAGCGACGACAGCGGCUCCGAGCAGGACGAGUUGAUGGAAGAUUCUGAAUACUCAGAAAAGAAAUCGCAGCCCCCGACACCCUCACCCUCUCCUCCAGAAACCCCGCGGCCCACCCGCCGACGCCGCAAAGCUCGCUCUCCUUCAUACUCGGACGAUGAGAACAGACCUCCGUCACCCAAAAGUCCUUUUCCUGAGACUCCUCAGAAGCUGUGCUUGGACAGCAGUCCCCUGGAGUGGAGCGUUACAGAUGUGGUGCGUUUCAUCAGGACCACUGACUGUGCUCCACUUGCACGCAUCUUCAUGGAUCAGGAGAUUGACGGCCAAGCCCUCCUGCUGCUCAACCUGCCCACGGUGCAGGAGUGUAUGGACCUGAAACUGGGUCCCGCCAUUAAGCUGUGCCACCAUAUCGAGAGAGUCAAACUGGCAUUUUACCAGCAAUUUGCCAGCUGAGAGCAGCAGGAUGAGAGAGCAAGGGGAUGAUGUAUUUUAUUUCUCAUUGUGUGUGUUCUUUUUUUCCUUUGAGUUGUGUUCUAGAUAGAAAUAAGCUACUGAAGGGGAAUUUGGUGUGAGGGGGAGAAAUCAGUGGGGUUUGUUACAAAGCUCUGCUCAGACUGAACCUGCGUUAUGGGUUCACCAGAUUUAUUCGAGUAAAUAAUCAGUCACUAGGUCGAGUUUUCGUUCAGGCUCAAGCGAGCUGUUCGUUUUUGAAACCUUUAAUAAUUGUCGAGCGGAUGACAAUGCAAGAAUCUUAAGCACAAAGACCAAUUGCCCGUGUAUAGUGAGCGGUAUGCAAACGUGUAUAUAGUAGUUUGUCUGUAUAUAAUUGUAAAUAUCAGAUAUUCCCUUUAGUGGGAUUAAAAUGUCCCAGUUCCUUUUUUUUUUUUAAUAACAAAGUUUAAGGAUUACACUGUAAGUAGACAUGAGGAUUAAUUUUCAGGCCUGGUGUUUGGUUUUGCGCUGGGAUUUUGUAUACAUGCUCAAAGCACUGUUUUUCCCCCCAAAAAAGUUUGACACUUAUGUUUAAGCACAGAAGUGUCGCUGCAUUUAAAAAAAAAAAAUAAAAAUUAAUGUAAUAUAACAACGUUGAUGUGAUUUAAUGUCGUGGUUAGUAUUCAAGCACACAGAAGAUUCAGGUUCUUGUAUAAAAAUGUGGGGUAAUCUAUGCGAUUCUGAAACUAAAGUAUGCAAAUCGAGAAUUGGUUUGAACUCCUAAAGCUUUGGCUUCACUCAUUGCGUUUGUAUUUCAAGUGUUCAGGAAACCUCAGUUUGAUUUCUUUUCCUGUUUAUCUCGUUCCCUCUCCAAGCAUUUGUGCUAAAAUGGUGAAUUUUUGCAAGCAGAUUGUGUGUGUGUGUGUGUGUUGCCAUGUUUGAUUGAUUUUUGUUCCCUUUUUUUUUUUUUUUUUUCCAGUUUGGCCCCAAAACAUUUGCAUUAAUGUUAAUUUUACAUUUAAAUUGUAUAUGUUUGUGCAAUGUUAUUUAAAAGAAAAUAAACUAAACUGGAGCUUA